GAAUGUCUAGUGAACUUAGAAAUAUUUCGUCUUAUGUACCGUUGGAUAAUUACUACGAGUCUUUUACAUAUAUCACAGGACCUGAUUCCACACAUAAUAAAUAUACUCUUGAGAUCAGUGGUAAUAUUAUUAAGAAUUGGCAUUAUAGAAAUGAAACGCUGAUGGCAUGCUUUUGUGAAUUGGGAUUAUUUGGUAGAUGGCAUUGGGUGGAUGACACGACCGCUCUUUUGUAUUUUUAA